AUGACAAGUGCUGCUCCUACUGCUUGGAGACAGGCUUCUGCCUUCUCCAGGCGUCUUUCAACCAUCGGUUCCCGCGUUCCCCGGGUCGCCACCGGUCUGCGCACCCGCUCUUAUGUCACCGAGACCAAGGUCGGACAGGCCCAGGUCAACCUCGAUGCUGCAAUCAAGGAGGAGCAGAAGUCCUUCAUGAAGCAGGCUGGUGUGGCACCCGCCGGCGUUACCAUGCCGGGUUCGGCGACCUCCGGAGACGCCGCGCUGAGCCCUUCCGCCGGUAUUCUGAAGCAGGCCACCGUUUUGGACCAGGGCACCCGGCCAAUUUAUCUCGACAUGCAAGCCACCACACCUCUCGACCCCCGAGUCCUCGACAAGAUGCUGCCUUAUCUCACCGGUAUCUACGGCAACCCGCACUCGCGCACACACGCCUACGGAUGGGAGUCGGAGAAGGGUGUCGAGGAUGCCCGUGAGCACAUCGCUAAGCUGAUCGGUGCCGAUCCAAAGGAAAUUAUCUUCACCAGUGGUGCGACGGAAAGUAACAACAUGAGUUUGAAGGGUGUUGCGCGAUUCUUUGGUCGCUCCGGAAAGAAGAACCACAUCAUCACCACCCAGACCGAGCACAAGUGUGUUUUGGACAGCUGCCGCCACUUGCAAGAUGAGGGCUUCGAGGUGACUUACCUGCCCGUCCAGAACAACGGUCUGAUCCGCAUGUCCGACCUUGAGGCGGCUAUGCGCCCCGAGACUUGCAUUGUCAGUGUCAUGGCCGUGAACAACGAGAUUGGUGUGAUCCAGCCUUUGGAGGAAAUUGGCCGUCUUUGCCGCUCCAAGAAGAUUUUCUUCCACACCGACGCUGCUCAGGCCGUUGGCAAAAUCCCGCUCGAUGUCAACAAGCUGAACAUUGAUUUGAUGUCCAUUUCUAGCCACAAGAUCUAUGGCCCCAAGGGUAUUGGCGCUUGCUUCGUCCGUCGUCGCCCACGUGUUCGUCUUGACCCUCUCAUCACCGGUGGUGGUCAGGAGAGAGGUCUGCGCAGCGGAACCCUUGCCCCCCAUUUGAUCGUGGGUUUCGGUGAGGCUUGCCGUCUUGCUAUUACAGACAUGGAUUACGACACAAAGCACAUUGAGCGUCUAUCCAAGCGCCUCAGCGAGGGCCUCCUCGCCAUGGAGCACACCACCUUGAACGGCGACCCCGAUGCACACUACCCAGGCUGUGUGAACAUUUCCUUCGCCUACAUUGAGGGUGAGUCUCUCCUCAUGGCCCUGAAGGACAUCGCCUUGUCCUCUGGCAGCGCUUGUACUUCUGCCUCUCUGGAACCCAGCUACGUGCUGCGCGCCCUUGGUAGCAGCGACGAGAGCGCCCACAGCAGUAUCCGAUUCGGUAUUGGUCGCUUCACCUCGGACGAGGAGAUCGAUUACGUUCUCAAGGCCGUGCAGGCCCGCGUUUCUUUCUUGCGUGAGCUGAGCCCGCUUUGGGAGCUGGUGCAGGAGGGUAUUGAUCUGAACACGAUUGAGUGGAGCCAGCACUGA